GAACACGGACGCUCCUGCCUUUGAGCCCACGACGGCCCGCUUUACCAACGUCGAGUCGUAUCCCGAGUUUCGACCGCAACCUGGCCAGGGAGCCCACAGCGAUGGCAGUGCCUUGGUGAUGAGCAGUGCAGCGCCUGCUUUUGUACCUCAAAAUUUUAAUCCCCCUGGCCACGUCCAGAGCGCGACCUCGGCAGCACCUGCCCCUGCCUCCCAACACCAAGCAGCCCACUAUGGAUAUGGCGCCCACGGCGAAAUGCCGAGUGGAAUGCCCUACAUGCCGCCGGAUCAGCACCACAUGAUGCCAGGCAUGUCGCCACACAUUACUGGGCAUUCACCCUCCAUGAUGCCGUUCGACCCCAUGGCUGCCCAUGGAAUGACGGAUCCAGACAGCCUCUCCGCCUUUGCUCAUGCCAACCAGACCCUCCAGCCAUCAGAGCCCGUGCGCUAUGUCCAUUCUUUGGGCAGCAUGGGCAUGCCCUACGUUGCACCACACCCCCGCCCAAACGGGUCGUACUUUGUCGGAUUCGACCUCAAGCGCGUGUACGGUGUGGCUAGCGUCGUGUACAAGGCCACCAGUCGUGAGGACGGUCGGCCCUGCUGCCUACGCCGCCUGGCAAACUUUCAUAUGAAGCACGCCCAGGCCAUGCGGCGCGUCGAACAUUGGCGCAAGUUGCUCGGCGCAUGGCUUGUCGUGGGGGCCGCAGCUCACGAAGCCGGCUAUUUCGCAGGAUAUGGGCUACAUUCAAGCCAAUUUUUCGCGCGACGUUGUUGCGCUGAUUCAGUGUGUUUCGUGAAUAGCCCAUCGCCAUCGCCUGAAGGCUUGAUGUAUGUGUCUCAUGGACCAACCUUCUUGCCUAUGAGUAGAUACCUCAUGAACCCCGGUUUCAAGACGGCGGCUGAGCUGAUGCCUAUGGUGGGCACGCGCUUCUUUGGCAUGCUGGAUCAACAGCAAAAGUACGCCCCCGCGCUUGAGCGCAUGCGCUGCUACGUGGAUGUACUCGAGUCUGAUCUGGCCAAGGAGAUGUACAACGGGCAUUUGUUUCGUCUCCUAUCCAAGCUCAACACGGUUGUGGACCGCCCAGAGCAAGCCCAGUGGCAGGAGUCGGGCGACACGUACAUGCUUCGCCUAUUCAAGCACUACAUGUUCCAUCAAGCACAGCCCGUGAGCGGCGCGCCGUUUGUUGACCUGGCCCACGUCGUGCAGUGCUUAUCAAAGUUGGACGCGCAAUCGCCUGAAAUUAUCGCUUUGACGACCGUCGAUGCCAAAAACGUCAUGCUGGCCUCUUACGCGGAAUUGGCCAAGGCUCUCGACUUGAACUUUACGCAGCUAGUGAAGGCUGAAGAGGCUGUGUCUCAUGGAUAAAAUCAUGUGCACAUUUCCGAGUUCUUUCGCCUGGAAGUACCUCGGAGUUGCGACUUGAACAACAUGCUUGGCUUUCGGUGCAGAUAGGGAUAGGCUCCAUGCAAGACUUGCCGCCUGGAUAGCUGCAUGGCGUGAUUGAUACGUGGAAAACGAUUCUUCAAUCGAC